GCCCGCGAAAAGAUCCGUCCAACUGUCCUCUCCCGCCCUCUCUCCCACUUUCUCUCAACAAAAAAAAGAUCGACUUCCGGAGACUCCUCGCGAUUAUUUAGGGUUUAUCGCCCUUGCCUCCUCUGGACGGCGGCGCUAAAUUAGGGCUUUUGGUGCUUCUCUCCUUAGCCCCUUCUCAUCUCGUCGAUCUUUUGCGGGGUUCCCCAAGGGUUUGGUUGGAGCUUGGCGGCAGAAGCGGAGGCAAUGGCGCAGUCGCUGGAGUUGCUUCUCAUUCAGUGUCUGAUGCCGGACAAUGAUGCCCGAAAGAAGGCGGAGGAGCAGAUCGAGCAGUUCUCGAAGCACCCGCAGGUCGUCGUCGCCCUCACCGAGCACCUCCGUACUGCCAAGACCUCCAAUGUCCGCCAGCUCUCCGCCGUCCUUCUUCGCAAGAAAAUUACCGGUCACUGGGCUAAGCUCUCCCCGCAGCUCAGGGACUCCGUCAAGUCCACUCUCAUUUCCAGCAUCACCACCGAGCACAGCUCUCCAGUGAGGCGAGCAAGUGCAAAUGUUGUUAGUGUUAUUGCUAAAUAUGCUGUGCCAGCAGGGGAGUGGCCUGAAUUGCUUCCCUUCUUGUUUCAAUGCAGCCAAAGCAAUCAGGAAGACCAUCGUGAGGUGGCAUUGAUUCUUUUCAGCUCUUUAACUGAAACAAUUGGGGAAGUAUUUCGGCCACAUCUUCCUUCUCUGCAGGCCCUUCUUCUCAAAUCACUUCGUGAUGAAACCAGCACUCGAGUAAUAAUAGCAGCACUCAAGGCUGUUGGAUCUUUUGUGGAAUUUAUCCAUGAUGAGGCUGAAGUGGUUGCUUUUCGAGAACUUGUUCCAAAUAUCUUAAACGUGUCAAGAAAAUGUCUUGCUUCUGGCGUUGAGGAGGUUGCUGUAAUUGCUUUUGAAAUCUUUGAUGAUCUUGUAGAAUCUCCAGCACCUCUUCUCGGGGCCUCUGUUGUAUCCAUUGUCCAGUUUUCUCUUGAAGUUGCAUCAAACCAGACAUUGGAAUCAAAUACUCGUCAUCAGGCUAUACAGAUAAUUUCAUGGCUUGCAAAAUAUAAGCCCAAGUCCCUUGUGAAACACAAACUGAUAGUUCCUAUCUUGCAUAUCAUGUGCCCUCUACUUGCUGAGACAAAUCAUGAGGAUGAAGAUGAUGAUUUUUCUGCAGAUCGUGCUGCUGCAGAAGUUAUUGAUACAAUGGCCAUGAAUCUUCCAAGAAAACAUGUUUUCCCACCUGUGUUUGAAUUUGCUUCUUUGAGUUUUCAGAAUGCAAAUCCAAAAUUGCGAGAAGCUUCUGUUACAGCUCUAGGGGUCAUUUCAGAGGGCUGCUUUGAGAUGAUGAAAAAUAGGUUGGAACCUGUUCUAGAAAUUGUCUUGGCAGCUUUGAAAGAUCCAGAACAAAUUGUGAGAGGUGCUGCUUCCUUUGCAUUGGGCCAAUUUGCUGAGUAUUUGCAGCCGGACAUUGUAUCCCACUAUGAGAUUGUUCUUCCCUGCAUUUUGAACUCACUAACAGAUACAUCAGAUGCUGUGCAGGAAAAAUCAUAUUAUGCUUUGGCUGCUUUUUGUGAGAAUAUGGGUGAAGAGAUACGCCCCUAUCUUGAUCCUCUCAUGAUGAGAUUGCUGGAGGCAUUGCAGACCAACUCCCGCAAAUUGCAGGAAAUGUGCAUGUCAGCUAUUGGAUCAGUAGCAGCUGCAGCUGAGCAAGCCUUUAUUCCUUAUGCAGAAAGACUUCUUGAACUGAUGAAGUUCUUCAUGGUGUUGACUAAGGAUGAAGACCUUUGUUCACGUGCAAGGGCCACUGAACUUGUGGGCAUAAUUGCAAUGGCUGUUGGUCGAGCUAAGAUGGAACCAAUAUUGCCUCCUUUUAUUGAAGCUGCCAUAUCGGGUUUUGCGUUGGAAUUUAGUGAACUUCGAGAAUAUACUCAUGGUUUCUUUAGCAAUAUAGCAGAGCUCUUAGAUGAUGGAUUCACACAGUACCUUCCACAUGUGAUGCCUCUGGCCGUUGCUUCCUGCAAUCUUGAUGAUGGCUCUGCGCUGGACAUUGAUGAAACUGAUGAUGAAGGCAAUGAAAAUGGAUUUAUUAGCAUCUCUUCUGACAAUGAAGAUAAUGAUGAACCAAGAGUUCGGCAUAUCAGUAUAAGAACAGGAGUCUUGGAUGAGAAAGCAGCAGCUACCCAAGCUAUAGGGCUGUUUGCAUUGCACACUAAGAGUUCCUUUACACCUUAUUUUGAUGAAGUAUUGAAGAUUUUGAUCAAGCAUGCUGGCUAUUUUCAUGAGGAUGUGCGCCUGCAGGCAAUUAUUUCUUUGCAACAUAUUUUCACAGCCACACAGGCUGCUUUUCCAGCUUUAAAUAGUUUGUCUGCAGAAAGUAAACAUGUUCUGGAUACGGUCAUGAAUAUCUAUCUAAGAACAUUGAAAGAAGAUGAUGAUAAGGAAGUUGUUGCUCAGACAUGUACAAGCAUAGUGGAGAUAGUUAAUUCCUGUGGCUAUGCACCUAUUGAAUGUUAUAUGCCACAUCUUGUUGAGACAACUUUAGCACUCUUGCGUGAGGAAACAGCAUGCCAACAAUUGGAUUCUGAUAGUGAUAUUGACGAGAAUGAUGUUGAACACGAUGAUGCUCUUAUGGACGCAGUUUUUGACAUCCUUCCUGCUUUUGCAAAGUGCAUGGGUCCGCAGUUUGAGUCCAUAUUUUCAACCUUUUAUCAGCCUCUAAUGAAAUUCGCGAAAGCAUCACGUCCUCCUGAAGAUCGAACAAUGGUUGUUGCUUGCCUUGCUGAGGUGGCUCAGCAUAUGGGUAGCCCUAUUGCACUUUAUGUUGAAAGAAUCAUGCCACUUGUACUGAAAGAGAUAGCAUCCUCGGAGGCAACAAAUAGAAGGAAUGCUGCUUUUUGUGUUGGUGAGCUUUGCAAAAAUGGUGGGGAGCCUGCUGUAAAAUACUAUAAUGAUAUACUACGUGGGCUUUAUCCGAUGUUUGGAGAUUCCGAAGUGGAUGCUGUUAGGGACAAUGCUGCUGGUGCUGUUGCAAGAAUGAUUAUGACACAACCUCAACUCAUUCCAUUAAACCAGGUGUUGCCAGUUUUGCUCAAGGCGUUACCACUGAAGGAUGAUCUUGAGGAGUCCAUGCCUGUUUAUGGUUGCCUUUGUAGCCUAAUUGUAUCCAGUAACCCUGAGAUACGUUCUUUUAUCCCUGAGGUUAUCCGAGUUUUUGGCCAAAUUGUGAUGUCAUCGGAAGAGAGUUCUGAAGUUAAAGCUCAAGUUGGCAGGGCCUUUUGCCAUCUGGUUUCAUGCUACGGUGAUCAGAUUCAACCUAUCAUGGGCAGCCUCCCACCUGAUCAAGCUAAUGCUCUGCUUGCAUUUGCAAAUAAGCAUUAAUGUGGAAUAUUCCUGUAAAUUAUCAUGGUCUUGUCAUCCUUUUUCUAUUUCUCUACAAUUCUUUUGGCGGUUUGGUUCUGAAUGGCCACAAGAAAAUACCAAUAUGUGAGACUCCAACCAUCCAGUGAAGGCAGGAGAAGUACCUGUUGUCGUGUUCUUUUAAUCUGGUGUCCUGGCUGGAGUUUCUCCAGUUUUGUUCGUUAAGGUUUCUUUGAGUUGUUUUGCUAUUAGUGUUUUAUGAAAAUUGUUUUGCUUUCACAAGAAAGUUCAAUGAGGUUUAGGCAAAUAUACAAGAAAUGUCUGGCGUGGGUGCUAAUUUUUUGGGAGGGUUUGUAGUCCUUGUCGAAAUCAAUAAUGUGUCAUCUAUUAGAUGUAUGAGGUGUAAUUUGUUAUUCUUUGAUGUAUUGAGUGUAAUUUCGUACUAUAGUAAAAUACCAAAUGAAUGGUUUUAGGUUUUGUGAUGCUUAA